AUGGCGUCAGAAAGUCUCGAAACAAUUGUUCCAACUGCGAAAAAUGUUGUUCAGUGUCGUGUCUGCAGCAAAUCCACGCAGUCUCAAUAUGCGCUGUUUAUCUUCUCGCUAACGGAUGAAACCGAGGAGAAGGAUUCAGCCAGAACCAUCGCCGAGAUGAUGGGGGAACUCGCGGAUGUUACGAUUAGUCUAGAAGACGGCCGUUCGAAACAUAUCUGCAUAGUAUGCAAGAUAGCAGUUGAGAAAGCGGCCAACCUUCGGCAACUGAUACGCACCGCCGAACAAGCAGUACCAACGAUUUUACAGUCCUUGGAGAUAGAAAAUAUCACUGAACAGGAUUAUGCAUUCGAAUAUUUGGAUGAAUUUAAACAUGAAAUAGACCCAAUUUCGUUGCAUAAAACGAUCCAACCAAUGGAUGAAACCAUCCUACGAGAUGAACUGCUGUUCGAAGAUGAUAUAAACUCGCUUCAGGACGACGUUGUCCAGCAAGACAAGCACCAGUUUAUAAUGCCUUCGCCCGAGCUUAUCGGCAUCCGGAUCGAGUUUGAGCAUUUCGAAUACUUGGAGAUUCGGGGUGAACGAUGCUGCGGUUGCGCACACAUUGCAUCUAACCGUGAUGCCCUAAUGGCACAUGCGAAGGCAAAACAUUCACAAAAGUACUACGCCGACAGUAGCUACACGUGCGCCACUUGUUACCAAAAGUUUACAACAGCAGAAGCGCUUGAAAAGCACAUCCAAUACUACCAGUAUAGCGACGUGUUCCUGUGUACCGUGUGCCAGGAAGCGUUUAACUUCCAAAGCCAUCUGUUGCGGCAUCUGCAUCAAAGUCAUCAGUUACAGGAACAACAACACCAUGAAAUAGAAUUGCCCCAGCAAAGUGAACGAGAUCCACGGAAAAGAAAAUCGUCCGCCAAGCAUUACGGUACAAAUUCGGAACUCACGCUUCCGGAACCAAGGUUCAUCCGAGAAACGCGAGACUAUGCCCAGUACCGUUUGUACACGGUUUCCGGCGAACGGUGCUGUGUAUGCGGUGUCCAUCUAUCGGAUCUCGAACCUCACGCCGCUGAAUGGCACAUCGAUAUGGUGGACAUGUUGGAAACAUCACCGGACGAACUGCGAUGCAUUAUUUGUCGCCAAACGUUUGCAUCUCGUCAGGAACAAAUGUUGCACGAGGAAGAGCGAAGGAAUUUGAAACAAAUUUACCAAUGUAAACGGUGCCAGAUGCUGUUCGCUCGAAAGUACCAGCUGCUGAAGCAUUUCCAGUCCACAUCUAAAAACCGGUGCAAUGGGGUGGUUGAAAAUGAGCGCGAGAGUACAACGCUUCUAAAAGAAGGAGAACUUGUUACAGAAAUGGCAACCGCAAGUGAUCUUCCUGAAAGUAGAAUGGAUUAUUUUUGCUGUUGCUUUACACGCUGCAAAGAAGAAUACACCUGCGAGAAAGAACUCUUAGACCAUGCUCGAGCGAUCCACGGAGGACGGAGAAAGGAAAACGAAAGCAAACUAUGGGAACAUGGUUCAGAAAUAGAGGAACAUCUCGUGUGUCCCGUUUGUCGGCGAAUGUUUGAUAGCGAGGAAAAGGUUCGAAAGCAUCGGUCCUACAAGCUUACCCUGCCCAAAGAAACGUGCCGCCAGUGCGGACGCAUUUUUAUGAAAGCAUCCGGUCUGCGGGAACACCAGCUGCGUGAACAUUUGAACCUGAAGCCUGAGUUUGUGUGCGAAGUGUGUGGCAAACAUUUCGUCACACGGUCCACACUAACCAAACAUCGGCGGGUACAUGAGCCGUCCCAAAACUAUCCAUGCUCGGUAGAUGGUUGUAAGGCCAUGUUUCGCGAUGAACAGCUAAUGCAGCGGCACUAUCGGAAUGUGCACUUGGAAAUUAAGGCGUACGAAUGUAGCCACUGUCAGAAGAUGUUUCGGACGAAGGAAUCACUCGAUAUACACCAGCGAUGCCAUACGGGUGAGCGACCGUUUGCCUGUCGGUUUGAAGGUUGCACCAAGCGUUACGCACACGGCACGGACCGUAAACGCCACGAACGAUCAGCCCACACCGGAGAAAAGCCCCACACGUGCACAGUGUGUAAUGCGGGAUUUCUUCGCAAGCGAGAAAUGCGAUUACACGUGGAAAAGGUCCACUGA